AUGUCGACAUUCAAUGGCCUCGUCUCCGAGUUUCCAGACAUAAGAAUCGAUUUCUUUAGGCAACACGUCGAUGCAUUACCACCAUUGGCGUGCUUUCUCAGCCACGUCCACAGUGACCAUCUCUCUGGGCUCGAGACACUCCGAUCUCCCUUUGUCUACUGCUCUGCGGCUACUAGGGAGAUCCUACUUCGGCUGGAGCGAUACCCCUGUCGCAUCAACUAUGCCAGGGGCAUUCUGGAGGCACGGCAGCAGACUUACAGGCAUCUGAGCAAGGUUAUUGGGCAUGGCAAAGCGAUACUGUACACUGGGGACGUCAGAUGCGAGCCAUGGUUCGUCAAUGCCAUCACACGGAGCCCAGCUCUUAUUGAGUAUACAUGUGGCAUCAAGACUAUAGACACCAUCUAUCUCGACACGUCAUUUAUAGACGACAUUCCAUUUCAGACGAAAGCCGAAGGGAUUUCAGAGCUAUUACGCAAGGUCAUGAGAUAUCCCAAAGACACGGUCUUUUACAUUCAAUCUUGGACUUAUGGCUACGAAGAUUUGGUCAAGAUUCACGUUGACAAUUACAAACUCCGUAUUUACAACUCCUUGAACGCGCCGUCAUCAGAGGUUCGACCCAGUUCUGGCACUCAUUUAACAUCUACCGCUGCUGCUCUGACUGGCUUCAUGUGUGGAAAUACGCCUCAACCCGGUUGCCUUACCUCUGACCACAAUGUCCGCCUCCACAGCUGUGAGAGCGGCAACAUGUGUGCAAUUGCAAAACGUUCUUCUGUAGUCAAAAUCCAACCCGUUGUCGCAUCAUUUCCUGAUGGUGGAGUUAUCCAAGAAGCUGGAAUAGGCGGAGGUGGUGAGGACUUGGAGCGCGAGAUGGAACUGGGGAUUCCCAGCCAGAGUGACCUUGAAGAUCUCCUUAGAAUAAUAGAUGCGCUAAAGAGCAUGACGGAGGAAGCGCGAGGUGAAUGUGCCCGUGUUCUGACAAAUGCAAUGGCAAGCGGACGCGAUUUACAGCUCAACAUGAGUUUAUCAUCCGCUGAAGAUGCGUAUUCAACCGAUUUACAAAGAGCCAUACUUUCUAUCAUCAAUACUCGAUCAAAGGCAACUCCUGCUCGUACUAAGAUUGAAGAGUGCAACGAGGCAAAUCUCCCAAACAUCAUCCGGUUUCCAUAUUCACGACAUUCGUCCUAUGCCGAGCUUUGCGAUUUAGUGAGUACAUUCAAGCCAAGAGAUAUUUGGCCCUGCACAUUCCAUCUAGAGACUUGGGAAAAGAAAGCCAUGUCCAUUGAGUCUCUCUUUGGGAAACACUGCAGUGGCGACGUAUUCGCGCACGACAUGAGGAUCAACAAUAUUAGAAAGCAAAUGAAGCAAAGCGCUUGCGAAGAGCUAAACUCUCAAAGACUCGAGAACUACUGUUCGAUUUUUGCCUCACCUACAAGCCAAAUGUCGCCGAGCGCUUUCCAUGGAUGCCACAAAUCACAAGACGCGACAGCAAAACCUGCAACCACACAAAAGUCAUUGCAGCCCCUAGUUUCUGAAAACGGCGAUGCUACAGGUGGAAACGAGUCUCAAGAAACCAAUGCCUCCACUUCGGCGCUCACUAUACGAAAUUCCUCAGUAAGAUGCGAUGCAUACAAUCAGAUGCUCCAAAAUUACCACGGAAUCGGCUGGAAUUCUAUCGAGCUUAUAUCCGUCGACAGCAAUCAUAGCGUUGAAGAAACAGAACUAUAG